GCCAGCCCCGCCGUGAUGCCCGCGCGCCCCGGACGCCUCCUCCCGCCGCUGCCCUGGCCGCUGGCCCUGGCCGCGCUGCCGCUGCUCCUGCUGCUGGGCGAUGGCGGCGGCGGGCGCGGGGGCGCCUGGGCCCAGGAGCCGGGGGCGGCGGCGGCGGACGGGCCCCCCGCGGCGGACGGCGGGGACGGGCAGGACCCGCACGCCAAGCACCUGUACACGGCCGACAUGUUCACGCACGGGAUCCAGAGCGCCGCGCACUUCGUCAUGUUCUUCGCGCCCUGGUGUGGACACUGCCAGCGGCUGCAGCCCACGUGGAAUGACCUGGGAGACAAGUACAACAGCAUGGAGGACGCCAAGGUCUACGUGGCCAAAGUGGACUGCACCGCCGACUCAGAUGUGUGCUCCGCGCAGGGGGUGCGAGGAUACCCCACCUUGAAGUUUUUCAAGCCUGGCCAAGAAGCUGUGAAGUAUCAGGGCCCUCGAGACUUCCAGGCGCUGGAGAACUGGAUGCUGCAGACACUGAACGAGGCGCCCGCGACACCAGAGCCAGAAGCAGAACCUCCCAGAGCCCCUGAGCGCAAGCAGGGACUGUACGAGCUGUCGGCGAGCAACUUUGAGCUGCACGUGGCGCAAGGCGACCACUUUAUCAAGUUCUUCGCUCCGUGGUGUGGUCACUGCAAAGCUCUGGCUCCAACCUGGGAGCAGCUGGCCCUGGGCCUUGAACAUUCUGAAACUGUCAAGAUUGGCAAGGUUGAUUGUACACAGCACUAUGAACUCUGUUCGGGAAACCAAGUUCGUGGCUAUCCUACUCUUCUGUGGUUCCGAGACGGACAAAAGAUUGACCAGUACAAAGGAAAGCGGGAUUUGGAGUCCCUGCGGGAGUACGUGGAUUCCCAGCUGCAGAGCACAGAGCCGGAGGCCCCAGAGAGCGUCCAGCCUUCAGAGGCCCCGGCGCUGGCCCCUGAGCCUGUGGCCCAGGGCACCGUGUUGGCACUCACGGAAAAGAACUUCGAGGACACCAUUGCAGAAGGAAUAACCUUCGUUAAGUUUUAUGCUCCGUGGUGUGGUCAUUGUAAGAAUCUGGCCCCGACGUGGGAGGAGCUCUCCAGAAAGGAAUUCCCUGGUCUGGCAGAGGUCAAGAUCGCCGAGGUGGACUGCACUGCAGAGCGGAACAUUUGCAGCAAGUACUCGGUACGAGGCUAUCCCACACUGUUGCUUUUCCGCGGAGGGCAGAAGGUCAGCGAGCACAACGGAGGCAGAGACCUUGACUCGCUGCAGCACUUUGUCCUCCGGCAGGCCAGGGACGAGCUGUAGCGCCCGCUCGCCAGUUGCCCGGCCUCGCGUGCCCCGGUUGCUGGAGCCGAGUCACGCAGGUGUUGUGGACUCUCACGUGGUGGUUUUUCAGAGAGCUGAAUGUACUAAACUUGCGGUAUCUUCUUCUUUGUGUGUGUGUUUUUUAAGCCAACACACUCUACAGAUUCUCUGAGUUUCUCUAAGUAAACACAUAAGUCA